AUGGCAGACCAGAACGAAGACCGCAAGGUUUUCGCCAGAGGCUGGACUUCCUCGAUCUACGCCGGCGGCGACAUCGACAGGGACAGAGUUGUGAAAGUCCUCGAUCGCGACCAUACCGCGGAACGAAAAGCGAAGAGCGAAGCUGAGAUCCAGAACUACCUUCAAUCCCUCUUCGACACAGAAAGGCGUGUAUAUGAGCGCAUAUCCUCGCAAACCAGUCAACCAGACAGUCUCCUGCGCUACUACGGCGUGGACACUAUGUCGCCGCGUGGAUUAACAAUGGAGCGUGCUGAAGGUGGUUGUUUUUGGGACCACUUAUAUGUGCUUCGCGGCCAUCUACCAGAGAGAACAGCGCCAGGUGUGCUAUUGAAAUGGGCACGUCAAGCAGCCGAAGCACUGGCUUUCGUGCAUAAGCUGGGCAUUUUGCAUUGUGAUGUCCAUGCUGCAAAUUUCUUCCUUGAUGGCGAUCAGAAUCUCAAGGUGGCAGAUUUUGAUGGCUCAAAGCCACGCUUACUGUACCGCACCACGCAUCAGCUCUGGGUACAAGCCGACGGUGGUGGGUGGCGGAAGGAUGUUUCGAUCGCGGCGGAAAUAUUUGCUCUUGGAUCUGCUCUGUACAAUAUCGAAGCCACGCUAGAGCCAUUCCAGGACCUAAUAGAUGCCUCAGACAGUGAAGGUAUAUUGCAGCGGCUGCGGGAGCGACGAAUGCCAAAUACUGGUGGUUUGGUACUGGGCCUGGUGAUUCAGAGAUGCUGGAAGUCGGAGUAUCAAACCAUGGAAGAUGUGCUGGGCGACAUUCCUGCUGCUACUGCACCUCGGAUGAGAUCUUGA